AUGCAGCUGCAGUUCCGGAGCUGGAUGCUGGCUGCGCUCACGCUGCUCGUGGUCUUCCUCAUCUUCGCAGACAUCUCGGAGAUCGAAGAAGAAAUCGGGAAUUCUGGAGGCAGAGGUACAAUCAGAUCAGCUGUGAACAGCUUACAUAGCAAAUCUAAUAGAGCUGAAGUUGUGAUAAAUGGCUCCUCAUCGCCAGCUGUUGUUGACAGAAGUAAUGAAAGCAUUAAGCACAACAUCCAGCCAGCCUCGGCCAAAUGGAGACACAACCAGACGCUCUCUCUGAGGAUCAGGAAGCAAAUCUUAAAGUUCUUGGAUGCUGAAAAGGACAUUUCUGUCCUCAAGGGGACCCUGAAACCUGGAGACAUUAUUCAUUACAUCUUCGACCGAGACAGCACAAUGAACGUGUCCCAGAACCUCUAUGAGCUCCUCCCCAGAACGUCUCCACUGAAAAACAAGCACUUCGGGACGUGUGCCAUCGUGGGCAACUCCGGGGUCUUGCUGAACAGCGGCUGUGGGCAGGAGAUUGACACCCACAGCUUUGUCAUCAGGUGCAACCUGGCCCCCGUGCAGGAGUAUGCCCGGGAUGUGGGGCUCAAGACUGACCUGGUGACCAUGAACCCCUCCGUCGUCCAGCGGGCCUUCGAGGACUUGGUUAACGCCACGUGGCGAGAGAAGCUGCUGCAGCGGCUGCACAGCCUCAACGGCAGCAUCCUGUGGAUCCCCGCCUUCAUGGCCAGGGGCGGCAAGCAGCGUGUCGAGUGGGUCAACGAGCUCAUCUUGAAGCACCGCGUCAACGUGCGUACUGCAUACCCCUCUCUGCGCCUGCUGCACGCCGUCCGCGGAUACUGGCUGACUAACAAAGUUCAUAUCAAAAGACCCACCACGGGGCUCUUGAUGUACACCCUGGCCACGCGUUUCUGCAACCAGAUCUACCUCUAUGGCUUCUGGCCCUUUCCGCUAGAUCAGAACCAGAAUCCUGUCAAGUACCACUAUUACGACAGCCUCAAGUAUGGCUACACCUCCCAGGCCAGCCCCCACACCAUGCCCCUGGAGUUCAAGGCCCUGAAGAGCCUCCACGAGCAGGGGGCUUUGAAACUGACUGUCGGCCAGUGCGACGGGGCCACGUAA